AUGCCACCACCCCGCCAGCCGGCGCCGAAAGCGGCGCCUAAGGCGGGAGACAAGCCGAAAGCGGCGCAGGUAGCCAGGCGCAAGCCCAGUGGCCCAGUCGGGGACGGCGCAACGGGUAAGUCCGAACCGAAAGCGGAGACGAAGGCCUCGCGGCCGACGACACCGUCGGCGGUAAAGACUGCGGGCGAGCCAAAGCUGGCGCAGGUAGCCGGGCAACAACCCAGCAGCCCAGUCAGUGCUGGCACGUCUACGCAGAGUCGCCCAGCGGGAGAGACGGCGGCCGCACGGCCGAAGUCGCAACCGUCGGAGACGGCGAAAAGCGCGCAGAAACUGGCGCAGGUAGCCGGGCAACAGCCCAGAGGCCCAGUCGAGGACGGCACGUCCCGCUACAAGGUAAGCCCUAGCGAUCUUGCGACCGUGAAGCUUAUCGCGACGCGGCUCGAGGACGUCCUGAACCUCGUAGACGACUCUCAAACUGGGGCAACUGGUCGAGGAGACAAAUCUGGGGGACUUCAAGAGACAACUAAGAGCUAA